AUGGAGGAAUUAUUUUCUUGGUGGAGGAGGAAGGCAAGAUCGGUCCUACUGCGCAAAGCAUGGCUUCCUUUAGCAACUCUAAUUCCUUACCAUUUAUGGAGGGAAUGGAACAGACAGAGAUUUGAGAAUAGGGCUGGUUCACACAAGAUGGUGGUCAAACAGGUGAUAGCAUCUUUGGCGGACUUUGCUGCUCUCAACCCUAUUAAUGUGAGAUGGGUUUCUGAACUAAUGCUAUCAAGGGCACUGCACUUGAAGAUAGUGCCAUAUUUGAUGCAGAGGAUUAUUGAGCUGGGUUGGUCCUUCCCAGCCCAGGAUGGGGUCAAAAUGAAUAUAGAUGGCUGUUCUCUUGGGAAUCCAGGGUGUACAGGUGCGGGAGGCAUUCUGCGGGACCAUAUGGGUAACCCCUGGAGAUGCUUUGCGGUCUAUGCAGGUGUGGGGACAAACUUCUAUGCGGAGUUUGAGGCUUUCUUUAUAGGAAUCCACCAUGCAAUGGCCUUACGGAUUCUUAACCUUUGGGUGGAAUGCGAUUCCAUGGCAGUGGUGAGGUGCAUAACUGGCCAGCAUAUUCCAUGGAUAUUCCAACAAAGAUGA